GAAAGUGUCUUCUGAAUGUCUUCUUUUAGAUUCCAAAAGUAUGGCGAUAUAGCAGCAGUGCGCGGAUUUGUAAAAGGAGACACUGUGUUUUUGUAUAAACCAGAAGAUAUAGAAACGGUUUUUCGAAAUGAGGGGACGUGGCCAGAACGUAUAUCUUUCAAAAGUAUUGAAUACUAUCAAGCAAACGUUAGAAAGGAUAUUUAUGAUGAUCUAUAUUCCCUUGUUGCUUCAAACGGAAAGGAUUGGCAUAAAAUGAGAUCGAUAGCAAAUCCAAUUUUGAAUCAAAUUCGAUCAGUAGAAAUGUACAUCCCAGAAAUUGAUUGCGUUUCCCAAGAUUUUAUUAAACGAAUAAGAUUCCUUUUGGAUAAUAAAGAAGAAGGCAUGAUGCCAGAAAGUUUUUUGAACGAACUAAACAAAUGGUCGUUGGAAUCUGUCAGUUUCCUGGGUUUGGACAAGAGAUUGGGUUGUUUGGACAAUAAUCUAGAUUCUGACUCAGAAGUUCAGAAAAUAAUCGAUGCUGUGCAUAAAUCGCUUGAAUACAUGUAUAAACUUGAGUUCGAACUUUCUCUCUUACAAUACAUUAAUAUAAAAAAUCGAGAUGAAUUUGUAAAGCAUUUUGACGUAAUUAAAAACGCAUUUAGUAAACAUAUUCAGGAGGCCAAAAUAAGAUACGAAAAUAGUUCAUCGGAAAGUAACAAGAGCAUGUUGCAAAGAUUUCUAAGUGUUAAUGAAAAAGUAGCAAAUGUACUGGCUUUAGAUUUGCUUGCUGCAGGCGUUGACACGACUGGUAAAAGUGGUGGUGCGAUUUUAUACUUUUUAGCAUCUCACAAACGAGCACAAAAUGAAUUGAGAAAAGAGCUUGUUACAUUGUUACCUAACAAAGAUUCACCCUUUACCAAAGAAACUUUAGCGAAUGCUAAAUAUUUAAAAGCAUCAAUUAAGGAAGGCCUGAGGAUGGGAGGAAUUGCGGCUGCUAACUUUAGGACUGCCACAAAAGAUAUGGUGGUUGGUGGUUACCAAAUUCCAAAAGGGGUACGAGAUUGUCCAGAACUUGGACAAAUUUUACGGAAACCUGUUCGGAUAGUAGAAGGGGGAGGAGGGGUUAAGUGGGAACGACGAGUACAUACAGAAGAUAAAAAUGUGACAAAUUUGAUAAUUGGGAAUACUCUUCUUGACACUGCUUUACUCUUAAUUCUUCAUAUUCUGAAUUUCAUUUUCUUUAAUAAUUUUUCUUUACUUCACCCCUGUUCACCUGUCUGACGUUUCUUUUGUUUUAACUCACACGUUCGCUGUUUCGGAAUUCAAGUAAGCAUUCCGAAAAAUACAUUUGUGUAAAUUUUGGGCCCCAUAUCAAUGAAGUAUUUAAAAAACUAAAUAAGGCGUUUUAACCCCUUUUCUACUGAACGCCCUUGUUAUCCGAACAUGUUACCAUAAAGUCUGUGUUAAAGUUGCAGACACGGUUGUAUUAGAAAUGCACUUCGGACUUCCAUGCCUUUAUGGAGUCAUCAACUUAAAACUACGAGAUUUAUAUAAGUACUAAGUUUAUUAAGUGAUUAUCUGAGUGUGACGUUCUGUUCCAAUUGAUUGAUUUGCAGCUUUGGAAUUACAUUUAACAACGGUUUCCAUAUGUUACUGAUUUAUACACUUGGAUGUCUAAACGUUGAUUGUUUCUUUCAACGAUUUUUGUAAUUGUCCAGGCGUGUUCUGCUAUACCGGAUCGUGUACUUCCUCCUUUCUUGGUGUGUAAUUAAUGUUCUUUUAUGCGGUUUUCCAACGGUCUCUUCGUUUCCCUAAUGUAGAACUGGCCGCAUUCACAUGGAAUCUUAUUCUUCGUUUCUUUCUGUGUUGAUUGUUUUGUUUUCGUGACAUGGCGACGCAGUGUUGGACAUGAAAAAUUCUGUUUUUAUUCCAAAGUGGUUGGCGAAUCUCCAACAAGAUUGGAAGUCCGAAUGUCCAAGUGUAUUUCUAAUGUUACCGUAAAGUUUAUCCAUAUUGACAUUGAGAUCUCGUGCCCAAGUAAAUAUUCUUUCAGACACUAAUUCAUUUGUGCGCUUACCAAAAUUUGUUUUCGGAACAACAAUUUCCGCGCCCUAGAGAAUUUAUACCUGAAAGGUGGUUGCGAACAA